CCGAUACAACACCAAAAGAUAUAAUAUUCAAGCCAGGCCAUUGCGAAUUAAGGGCUUGAUACACCAGCUGAUCCUGAACCAGAGGGAUACACACCAGGAAGCUCAAGUUUUUGACAAUUGACUUCCGUUCGCACAACCGUCAAAUCGAUCUUCAAUAUUUUGUUUUUUCACUUCGGAAGGCUCUGCUUAAAGCCCCACUUCACCCACCACCCUCUUUGCUCCCCACCCACUGUUACACCACAACGUGCACGACGCCGUCACUUGUGCGCCCUCUAGUACUCGAGCCGGAAUUCUCAGUCACAUCUUUUCUUCCUCCCCCUCCCCCCCCUUAUAAAGACAUCUAUACCCGGGAUCGCAAAAUCUUGUCGUCGUACCUCCUUCUACAACAAGGAAACCACCAAAUCAAGAAGAUUGUCCAACUUCUUCGCAUUUAAACCUUAUAUCGAGUGACGCAUUCUGCUUGUAUAAAUUACAAACUUUCUAUCCGACUCCAAUUUACAUCUUUAUUUCAAUUUUCCACCCUAUCUUCCAAUCUCACCUUUUCUACUUUCGUCAUUUUUGUUGUUAUUUUUUUCCGUAGCUUGGUAUAUAUACCCCCAGUGGUGGUCAUUAUCACCCUUAUAACGACCGCAUUGACUCCGCUUCCAACCCAAUCUCUAAAUCUUUGGGAUUAUUUUUCUAAAUACAUGCUCGGUGUCUCUCCUUCGACCUAACUCAGCCUUCCCGUGUUUCUUACACUUUUCAUCAAACCGGCCUGCAUCAACAUUCCCGGGUCGUGUUCCUGGUCGAGGCAUCCUAGCAAGUUUUCUGGAUAUUCUACAACAUACACACCACAUUCCUUCAAUCCACCUGUCGAAUUCCUCCAGGCAAGAUCUCAUACUUCAAAGGAAGUUAUACCCAAAUCCUUACCGGCAAUACUAUCGCAGACACUCGCUUCAAUUUUUUUUUUCAAUUUUACUUUACACCCGCGUUUUCCCCAAGACUUACCCGCGUUCUCUCUUAGACUUUCACUCAUUCAACUCGAUUUUGACGCGACCAACCGAGCAAUAGAGAGUCGACAAAUCAAGAGAUCAUUAUACACAAAUCAGGUUUCUGUUGAACGGCGGUUCAGAUUUGCAGCAACAGAUCAGGAAGAAUGGUUGACCACUUUUUGCCCAUCUCAAUAUCCAAUCGGACCAGUGCCACGAUCCAAAUCCAUUGUGAAGCAUCUUCAUCAACCUCGUCAGAAUACAAAGAUUCUAUAGGCGCCUUCCAGACCACGUUGACGAAAGCCAUCAAAGCGGAUUUCACGUUGAAAAACCUCGAGAUAUUGAUAUCCAUUGAUUUGGAAGAGCCCACAUUAGUCAAGAUCCAACUAGUCAAAAGGAGGAGAAGAAACUGUCGCCUCCAGGAUCAGCGUACUGAGGCUAGUAGUAGUACCACCACCACCAUCACCGAUGAUAAUCAACACCCCACAAAGAAGAACGAAAUCCUUCGCAACAAAUCUGCUAUCAUCAAGAACAAAAUUCAAGGAACGCUGCUCAGUAAAGUCGAUCAAAACCGGAAAUUCUUCAGAUUGAAAAUUGAUUAUUAUUUGAAUUCUCAGCCUCUCAAACCCCGAGACCAGCAGAUUAUUGAAGAGCAAGCUGAAGCUGACGACGCGCCACUCGAGCAGCCAACAGAGGUGGCUAUAGCUCAAGACAACGACGCUGAGCAUCAAGCACUGCAAGGAAAGACUCUGGAAGUGCAAGGCAAGAAUCCUGGUGCCACUGAAGCCUCACCUGAUCAGGCGCAGGAAAGUUCAGCUGCCCGCCGCAAUAGCCUCAAUCAGUCUCCUGGGAAGAGAUUGUUUGUUCCGAAGUUUGAGAUCUUCCAAGUCAUCUCCCCUGAUGGUUCGGUUUCAAUCAUGAUCCUCAAAAGCCGGAAUUUCUCGAAUUGGAUGUCACAUUUGCCUGACGAAGUAGCGAUCUCUGAACUCACGAUUCCCGGUUCCCAUCAAAGUUGUGCAAUAUACGGAUGGCCAGUCGCCCGAUGUCAAACUAGAUCAUUAGCUAGACAACUGAAAGAUGGGAUAAGAUUUCUAGACAUCAGAUUAGCCUUACCGAACAAGAAGAAGGCGAGCCCGAGCCACCCGACGGAUGAGACAGGAAAACUGAUCGCCUAUCAUGGAAUCCAAUCGCAAGCGAUCAAAUUCCAAGAGAUCCUCCGAAUCUUGGACGAUUUCUUGAGUGCCCAACCAACAGAAACUUUGAUCGUCAGCAUCAAAAGAGAGAAUCACUCGGAUGCUGAACUUUUCAAGAAAACCUUGCUCCAUGAAUUCGUCGAUUUUUAUCAAUCCGAGCAAAGCUUUAAAUCCCAUUGGUGGUUGAAUGCUUUCUUGCCCAAUUCCUUGAAACAAGUCCGCGGAAAAAUCAUCCUUUUCUCACGCAAACUUUUCCAUUCUGCCGGUGAAGAAGAUUUUGGGAUCAGAUUUCCAGUUUGGCCAAACAACUCGAGCGAAAUAUGGGAAACGAGCAUCCCCAAUACGAAUGUUGCGGUCCAAGAUUGGUAUGACAUUGGAUCGUGUUUAUCGAUUUCGAAAAAAUCGACUUUGGCAUGUGUUUCGUUAUGUGGCGCGCUUCAUGAGCCUUUACGAAGCACUUCAUCGCCGGUGCCGCUAGCGCAGCCGAUGAGUUGCGAUCCGUCUGCCUCCAGAAACACGGCAGUCCCGUCGGAAGAAGGAGAGGGAAGGGAGGGCGCUGCUCAAGACACUGAAACGUCGAACGAAAAUCCCAGAACUUGGGUGAUCACCUUUCUUUCGGCCUCCUCACUCCUCCUAGGAUUUCCAGCAAUAUGUUCCAGAGGAAUCGGGUUGCCCAAAGUCGGUCUAGGGAUCGAAGGAAUCAACUCUCGAGUCGCCCGAUGGCUGGUUUCUCGCAGAGACCAAUCCCACCAUCCCGGUCCAAAUCUUGAUCCCUCUAGUAGUAGUAACAUCAAAGGCGUCGUUUGUCUCAUGGACUUCUAUCAAUCCCCCAAGGAAGCUUUGGUUUCUUUACUUGUAGACUGUAACUUUACCUCCUAAGAACAUCCCUACCUGUCAAUUAUUCAGCUCCAAACUUCCCAGAAAACUUCCCAGAAGACAACUUGUAACUAGAACUUUUCAUUUCUUCCGUGUCCAGUAGAAACGCCCCCAGCUACCAACCAUUUUAUUUUCACAUUCCUUCACAAGAUUUUUUUUUUCUUCUUCUUUCUCUUGCCUUUUAUGUCGCCAAUUUUUGUUCUUUUUAUUUGGGUUAUGAGGUUUCAUUACAUGGCCAUACUACUUGGCGCUCUUGUAGAUUUGUUUCUUUUCCAUUUUGCUACUAGAUUCAAAAAGUUCUCUUUCUUGCUCAGUGGGGGGGGGCAUUUCUCUUGAUUGAUCCAAGCCUUUUCUUACAUACUCUAGAUAUCCCUACCAUUAACUAAUACUAAUACGUUCAUUAAGAACAACAAACAAACAUAAUCCAAUCCAUCGUCAUGCUUUCUCAUAAAUUUCUCACAUCGUCCAGCCAAG